GUCUCUACUACCAUAGGAAACCAAAUGCAAAACAGGUGUUCAAUCAAAUCAAUUCAAGAUCAGAUGUGAAUGCAAACUGAAACCCACAUCACAAUCAAACACACACAUUCCUAUCUUCAGGGUCACCUCUAAUCCUGUAUCCUUGCAACACCACAGUGGGGAGAGAUAGUGCCCUCAUGGAGCAGCAGAAGCCAGGAAAGGCAGUACUUGUUUUACUCAUUGAGCAUUCAAGAGCCACCACUUUACCCUCUCUUUUUUUUUUGUUCUUUUUUUUUUUUGUGGAGUAUUGGAUAUGUUUUUGGAAUCCUCACCUGGCUCUUCUUUGCAGCACACAACUCCCAAAAAGACUGAGAAACUGAGAAAUGGAGAGAGGGAGAGAGGGAGAGAGAGAGAGAGAGAGAGAGAGAGAGAGAGAGAGAGGAAAAAGGAUCAUUUGUGGAGUGAGAGACCAUCAGUCUUCACAUGACACUAUACAGUAGGGUACUAAAGCUGAAGCUUUAAAACUCUGUUUGGACUUAUUUCAAGGAAGGGGGACCACCCCUAUCAGGCUAUCUGACUUCUCCUCAGCCAUCCUUGUUGCAUCUUCUUCUCCUUCUUCUAUGUAUGUUUGAGAUCUGGGUAUGGUGGUUUCUCAUGCACAACACUUGCCAUUUGUUUGGGUUGCUUGAGUGGCUGGUAAUGGGAGUUCUUAUUGCCUUUCCCAAGCCAUGCCAUGUGUGUUUCUGCAUCAUGCUCUAGGUACUGUUGGAUUGAGAAACUUGGAUGGGGUUUAAGAGUUUUAGGGUGUUACAUUGCUCAUUGAUGUUCAUCAUCUAGUUCUGCAACAUCUUCACUCUAUUCAUCACUAAGAACAUGCCAAGGAAUCAUCUUCAAGAAUUAUAAGGCAACAUCCGGUCACCAACAUGGAUGAUCGGCCAACCUAUUUUGAGGACUUCCAUUCCUGUGCUUUUCACUUGGACAGAAGAAACCAAGAUGAUUUCCUUCAAUUAAGCAGCAUGCAGGAUCAGCUCCACUCACCAGAAAUGCAGUUCUUCGGACCAACCGAUCCAGUUCAGGUUCGAGUAACCGAAGAUUCUGCGAUCGCCAAGAGGCAUUCGGUGCAUCCUCAAGGUGAGAAAGAGGAUGAUCUGCAUGACUUCAUAUAUGGUUGGACUCAUGGCCUGUCAUUAACUCUUGGUUCACGCUUAUCAUCCAAUGCUGAUGGUGCUUACGACUGCGAACCAGCAAAAGAACAUGAGAUUGGAAGACGAGAUUUAAAGGAGCUCAAUUGGCCAAGAGAAAGCUGUGGUACUCCUCAAAACCUGGCAUCCAUGGCUUCUGUACUCCAGCAUUCUCGGUAUCUGAAGCCUGCUCAGGAGCUGCUUGAUGAGAUUGUGUCUGUAAGAAGUGCAGCCGAGCUGAGUUCUGAUGAAGAAUUCAGAAGGAUUAGGUCAGCUCGAAUGACUAACAGAGCUGGUAGAAAGUCUCUGCAGGUGGAAGAAAUCAUCAACUGUGAAGGAAAUUUGCAAGAAGCUAACAACUACUCAUCUGAGGAGGAUAAGCAGCAUGAUGUUGAAGUUAGAGUUGUGAAGCUUGUUGCCCUGUUGGAUGAGCUUGAGAGCCGAUACCAGCAGUACUUCCAUCGAAUGGACCGAGUGAUAUCACUGUUUGAGGCUGUUGCAGGCAGAGGAGUUGCCGCAACUUACACUGCUCUCACAAUUCAAGCCAUGUCCCGCCACUUCUCUAAGCUCAGGGAUGCCAUCCUCACUCAAAUCCAUGUCUCAAGAGAGCCUCUUCCUCACCGAGAAGAGUUGCAAAGCCUCCACCGGAAUCCUCCGCAACGGCGGCCGGCUGACGAAACCAUGCGGCAGAAAAGAGAAGCUCUGCAGAAGCUGGCCAUCAUCCAAGCUCAGCAAGCUUGGAGGCCGCUCAGGGGAUUGCCCGAAGACUCUGUGGCCGUCCUCCGGACUUGGCUGUUCGAAAACUUUCUUCAUCCAUAUCCUGAUGACACUGAGAAACUCAUGCUGGCUUCCAAGACAGGCUUGACAAGAAACCAAAUUUCCAACUGGUUCAUAAACGCACGAGUUCGGAUAUGGAAGCCGAUGAUAGAGGAGAUGUACAGGGAGGAGUUUGCAGAGGACACUGGAAACCUAAGCACGUCCUCUUAGAUAGAUGAUACACGUUGAGACUAGCCUCGUGCAUGCUCUCGUUGCGUGUCCAGCUCUUUUGUUCUUGUGAGGGAGACCAGUAGUGGUAAGUUUAUGCUGAGGGAGGGAGAUGCAUCAUUUUUUAUGAUCAAUCUACAUGUCCUUGAAUUGUAUAUAUACACAUACCUGACUAUGAUUGAUAGGUGCAUCAAACAGAAGUUGCAUCAGUAUGCUCUUUUUUGAUUCGUAUCAAGUAUAGUCUGCAUAGGGCAUCAGGUCCUGGAGGAAAGAAAAAGAACUGGAAUCAGAACAAAGGAGAAUAUGUUCAAGCCAUGCUUUUUUGUUUCUGUUCUUUGAACAACAGCAGCCUGUGUGCAGUGGUGUUACUGUUCACCCUGCCAGCAACAUCAUGUGAUUUUGGCCUUCCCUCUGCUAUGUAACUUUGCCAGUGCUCUGUAGUAUGGAAAGGGCUGCUUUAAUGCCCCAGAGUUGAAGCAAACUGCUGUAUGUGAAAUAUGAACAUUUCUGAUUUUUGACAUAGUAAUUGCUGAAU